AUGGCGUAUUUUAGGUUAUAUUUGUUUUUGUUUUGUUUGAAGUUAGUCGAGUCAAAAAUUUUGUGCGAAUUAGGAUUUUGUGAAAAACACAUCCGAGAGCACGGUUGCCCUGAGCCCCCUAUACACUGUGCUGUGAACAACGCCACUCACAGCGGUCUCUGGUUACCAUCGCCGACGCUCUGCAACUGUUGCCCUUAUUGCCUAACGUUUAUUGAAGAGGGAGACCAUUGCAGUGCCGGUGGACCUGGUACCGGUGCUAAUGUGGGCCGCUGCGGCGAUGGCCUCACCUGCGUUCGAGAUGACACCGAUGGGCACAGCUAUUGCCGGAGAAUGACGUCAGAUUGUCACACGGCUCAAGACAAUUUUGAUGCUCGUUUGAGGUCCGGUCAAGUAGGAGCGUUAGAGCACAGACCACACUGCGAUGGCAAAGGAAAGUUUGCAUCGUUUUAUUGUAUACCAGCGCACACGUGUUUUUGUCAAUCAGAAGAAGGUGAGAGGAUUUUCGGCGAAGUCCUGAAUCUAGGUUCAUCAACAGAACGGAAUAUGCACUGUGGAUGCUCCCGUUUAAGUUGGAAGAUCAAGAAAUCCAUUCAGACAGGGGUUAGGCUGCCGGUCCUGACUCCUAGGUGCACGGCUGACGGUAACUUCCAUCCGAUCCAGUGUAUCGGCAAUAUUUGCUAUUGUGUCGAUACCGUAACGGGCAUCAUUGAGGAAGGAGAUGGAAAAGAAAUUGACCUCGACGAGGAGCCGGUCACAGAGUUGGAAUGCUACAAUCCUCGUCUGGAUUUCUUCCCCGAAUUCAGUAGAGGCGAACCGCCCUACCAGUAUACGACGCCUUGUCUCAAAGACGUUACGGAGAAGAUAGACAUGUUCUUGCAGAGCAUAGAAGAUGGGUUCAUUGUGGAUUACUUCAACAGCUUCCCAGAGUGCAAGCCUGACGGAACCUACGGUACUGUCCUCGAGAACAGUGAUGGAAUAAAUGAGGUAGAAAUAAGAAAUGAGGCUCGAUAUGGAAGACGAAACUCCGAAAUCCUUGGGAUUUUUAUGAAAAUAUGUGCCGAUCAAAGAGGCGUUCAGAUAAAAGAUUAUGAAGCAAAACCAGAUACGCCAGAAUAUGAAGCCAUGAAUUGUAAUUGUGCACAAACAUCACUCGUAAUGGCAGAUGCUCUUGAAAAACCAGUCUGUUGUAAGAACGGUAAUUUCCGUCGCAUACAAUGCCGGCGAGGGAUGUGCCGUUGUGUUGAUACCGAUGGUAGACAAGUAGGAACGGAUUCGAGUGAUGUGACUAGACUUCCCUGCUUCACGGCAAACUGGCGAGAUUGUUAGC